AAUGUCAUAGUACUCAUAUUCCUUGGCUGUCUCUCCGGCCGUUACAAUGUCCUUCUCCGCUCGCCUGAUUCCCACCGUUACCAGAGCUGUUUCUCCCAGCUUUGGCCACCGUGCCUCUGUAUGUAAAUAUAUCGUUUCUCAUUUAAAAAAAUAAUUUAUUUGGAUUAACUUAUCUGCGGCUACAUAUUAUACGUAGUUGUUUUAGGGUCGCAUUCCUUAUUCCAGGCCCACUAAGCCCACUUCACUAUAUUAUAUAUUUACGGUUUACCUUUAUAAUAAACAAGGGCCUAAGGCCAAACCGGGUGCAGUUUUUUUAAACAGUCCGACUAUUUUGAUAAAAUACCUUUUGGGUCCAAGUGCUAUUAUAAAAAAAGAAUUAACUGUUAAAAGUUAAAGUUUACUGAUUUAGUGUCACUAUUGGCUUGGCAAUCCUCCGAAGUCCAGUCCCAAAAAAGCCCAAAUUAUUUUGUCUUUUGUAUGAAAAAAAUUGUAAUGCACAGUGUUUAUAAAGUUUAUUAUUAUUAUUGUCGGUAAGAAAACCACAGAAAUUUCAGUCAUAGCUUUUGCAAAUAACUGUCACUUUACAAACCAGUCUGUAAAUACUAAAUACUGUAAUAGUAAUUGACGCAAAGCAUUUGCAAAUAGCAGCCGAAAACAUUCUGCUUGUGACUGUUGCGCCACUGAAAGGCCCCCAAGUAGCUGGCAAACAGACCGCGACUAGUUCUAUUCUGAUAGCGGAGUUUACGUUUCGCUUGCAUCCAAAGUCCUUCAAAUAGUUUAUGUGUGAAUGUCCUGGUCUACUUGAUCAACAAUUUCACGUGUGUGCACAAUGACAGCGUGAGCAUAAAUCCCGUUGUUGAGCUGAGCGCCAUUUUGAUAUCCUCGCCAAGCGUCCGUGACGAUAGUUGUCCCUGGUAACACAUGAUUAGUGAUAAUGUGCUCCAGUGUUUGUGCAUCUCGACGUCCAACAACCUCCAUCCAACAUCACCCACUGUCGCAAACAUGAAUUUCCAAACAAAAAGAUGCCUAAGAAUUUUAAGUAAGGAGUAUUCAUUGGAAAUAAUUUGGGACCGGACUUCGGAGGAUUGCCUUUAAUUUCUAUAAUCAAUAAUCUUAAUUAAUGUAUGCCUGCCUAACUUCUUAUUUUAUAUACCGGUGCUAUAUACUAUUAAUGUAUACCGGCCUUUAAACAAUAGACCUACAGACAGUCCUAUGACCUGCCUGCCAGCCUUAAAAAUUAGGCCUACCUUAAAAGAUAGGCCUGCCUACAGACAGUUUCUGCACCCUACCUGCCGGCCUUUAAACAAUAGUCCUACAGACAGUCUUGCACCCUAUCUUAUCUGCCGGCCUUUAUUGAUUUAAAUGAUUACUGUAAUAUAAUAGUCCCCUCCUCCUAUAGAAAAGAAAAAUUUAACUAUUGACCUGAGCUCACUGCAUGACAGUGACAGUCUUUAUUUUACUCAUUACUACUGAAGUCUGUCUUUUUUUUUUUUUAUAUACUAGUGAAAUAAUUUAUUAUAAAUGUCUUGUGUUCAAAUUGUCUUAUAAAUGUGCUGAAAAUGUAUAAUGCAAUCAUUAAAAAUUUCAAUUUGUUUGGAUCAAUAAAAGAAUCUUAUAUAAAAUGUGGAGUUGAAAGGGUCGUUUUGAUGAGGAAGCAGGACACACUAGAAGAAAAAUAUAUAUAUAGGAGAUUAACCCUUUAUAACAUAACUGAUGUGAAUGAAAGUGAUAAUUAUUAAAUAACAAACUUUCUUUAUCCAUACAUGCCAACCUGUGGAAUGAAAAAAUUGUACAGAAAAAUGAAAACUUGAAAAAAGUAUAAUUUAUAACUUUUUUCAUAAUUUGUGUCCAUGCUAUAUUUUGAAUACAUAGAUAAAGAUUUUCUCAUCCCCAUUAUCUAUUUUUUUUAGCAUGUUUACAUCAUUUACAAAUGGGUAGAUAGCAUUUUUAAAAAUUGAAAAUAGCUGGUUUUAAGUCUUAUUUUCGUCAUUUUUAGUAUUUUUUCACUGGAUAAUAAUAAUAGUGUUUUGUAAAAAUGGACUCUGAUGAUGAAUUUUAUAGCAAUUUAGAUGUAAUUAGACUUAAUUCUUUGGUUAAUUAUGCUUUCUUUGGUUAAUUAUGCUAGCUAUGGUAAUACAGAUUCCUGUAUUAAAUUAACAAACAAAUGUAUCGUCUUGACAAAGCUACAGAAUUCAGUUUACCGUAAUUAAACCUCAUUUUCACUGUACAUACUGGAGGAAAAUGUCAUGAGGAUAGAAGUGCUUUUAAAAAUCCUAUGGGCUUUGUGGAUAGAAUAGAAUAUUAUGUCAAAUGUGAAGUUUCCUGCAAGAGAUAAAUAAUAUUACAAAGAUAUGUCCUACAUUUUUCACUGAUGCUGGCUUUGAAUAACAUAUAGUUAUACAGUGGAGAAGAGUAUGCUCACUUUUUGUUUUAGAAAGCGUUAGGACGUUAAAUUAAGCCAUGCCAUAUUAAUAAAUAUGAAUGAAUAAUUCUAAAUUUAAUUAUUUUUGUAAAAAUUAAAAGAGCACAUCCCUAACACUGAAGUUUUUGUAAUGAAUUGUACAAAAGGAUUUGUAAUUUUGCUUUACUACUGAAAGUAGUUACUACCGUACUGCACUGUCUUAGUAUUAAAGAAUGAUAAAAAGGAAUGUUCACUCAGUUUCUAAAUUUAGAUGACCAAUGAGAUUUAGCGCUUCCUGUUUGUCUUGUCUUGUGCCAAAAUAUUUCUUCUCUAAUUCCAGUAACAACCUGUACAAAAGCCUGGCACACAUAUAAAAGUAGGGAUAAACCGUACAGGUCGGCAUGUAUGAUUUAUCACACAUUAGGUCAUUGGUGGUUUCAGCUGAAUUACAUUUAUGCCCUGAGACUUUUAUGAGACUGACCUAUGACUGCCUAACUAUACUGAUACUAUGACUAAUGUCAUAGACUAAGUAUCAUUUAUAUAUUUUAUGUUGAAUUUUUAUUUCAGAGCCUCCCAAGAUCAUCACCAUCUAAAUCUUUUCUUUGCGCUGCAUCUGCUAGCAGCAGCUCUAAGAAUGAUUCAACUCAGCCACUUAAGCCUGAAAAUAUAACAAAGUCUGCACCACGAAGUAAGGCUUAAUAAGGAUGUUAUGGAGUUUAUACAUUUUAGUGUUUCACUUUCAAUUAUUAGAAUUACCUUAGUGUCUACACUGAGCUACCAUGAUGAGGGAUGAUGGGUUAUAUUAUUUCAUUUAGGCGGCCUAAUGCUGAUAGGCUGCAUGCACUACAAAAAUGAAACAUAAUUUUGAUUAUGUAAUGUUGAUUUUUAAUUUCUAAGUUUUGCAAUGUAUUGGUCACGUUUUAGUGCCAUAAGUAAUUAAAUUAUAAGAAAUGUAUUGUCCUGAAUUUUUAUACUUAACAGGAGGUUAUUACAAUUUUAAAAAAGAUUAAUUUAUACAAUAAUUAGUAAUAGUAAUUUAAGAAUGUCAGUGAAGCUUAUUUUAAAUAAUUUAUCUGUUUAAAACAGUCUCUUAUUUUUCUUCACAGUAAGCAAGUCAAAGACAGCAGAAGCCCAGAGAGAACAACGGGAAAUAGAAAAGGGGGACACGUACAAAGCCGGAGAGACCUUCUACAGUUUCAAUUCCUAUAGCUUUUAUGAUAUUGAAAAUGACAUGCACCCUCAUCGAAUCCCACAGCCUGCUUCCAAUAAGGCAUAGUUUUUUUGAUUCAACUAUUGUGAAUUUGUUAAAGUUUUGUUUCCUAUAACUAUCAGUUCUUUGCUUUUCAGUUUGUUACACUGGUUAAUAUUUUCCUUACAUGGGAAAGAAAGCUGUCUAAUUAACUUAUAACAGCUCUUAGUCCUUAAAUAUUCUUAACAGAUUCUGAUACUUGCAGGCAUACCUUCCCAAUGCAGAAUCUUAGUGGCUGGACAAAGGUUUUUAAUUUCUAACUGUCUUAGCAUAGAAGUGCUGUAUUGAACAUAGUACUAAGCUUUAUAAAUCUUAAUUAACUUACACAUUCAUAAACGAUGAUCUAAAACAAGGGUAUUGUGACAAAAAUAUGUAUAAGCGAAACAAAGAACAAUUAUAGACAACCUCAUAUUGAUUAUUUUGCAGACUAAGUUUUGAAAACCCUGGUGGAUUUAACUUUUUUAAGCAAAUAGUAUUUUAAAAGAGACUGUAUGUAAUAUUUUGAAUAUAUUGACGCUUUCUAUUAUUAUUUUUAUUAUUAAGGUAGUUUUAAAAUGGUAAGGCCUUAUAAAUGUUUAGGUAUUAUUUUUAUUCUUGCAUUUUAAGAGCAAAUCAUUUUUUUUAAUUAGAGAAUAUUUUGUUGAAUAUUUUGUAUUCGACUGCAGGAAUUGCAAAUGUACAUAAUAUACUGUAUAUACAUUGUUACAAAUAAAAUAGAAUGAUAGUGUUUUAACUUAAAAAUUUAAGAUACAAAUAUUCUGAGAAUUUCAUGUGUACAUAUUUGUCAGUUUGAGAAAAUAAUUUGUUUAACCACUUUUCUUUUGUAAAUUCAGAUUACAAUUAAAACUUACUUAUUAAAUUGUUUAAUUUUUUUGUUUCUUCCUGUUACCGGUACUGUUAAGAAAAUUGUUUUUUUGUUAAACAUAUUAACUGACUUUGCUAGUACACUGCUAUGGCUCCAAUAAACAGUUGGGCUUUCUUUCUACUUCUACAGUUAAAUCUACAUCAAAAUGAGUUUGCGUUUAAUACUGAUACAUUUUAAAAAAUCUACAUUGUAAUAGUAGAGUAAAUUUUUUCAUAUGUUAAUUGGUUAAGCUAAAAAUUCAAAUAAUGCAAUUCCCUUAUAUUACUAUUACAUAUAUUCACCUAAUAAAGCUUAUUUCAGAAUUAGUUCAUCUCCCUUUAUUUCAAUAUUUCUCCCAUCGCCUUUAUUUCCAGAUGUCCCUAAUGGAAUGAUUUUAAAACAUAUUUUGCCAUUUUAGAAAGAAAGGGAUUAUUCAGUAAACAAUUAAAAAAUGUUACAUUUAUUGUAAUGUAAUACAACAUAUUACAGUUAUAUUGAAGCAAAUUCAUAACUUUAUGGUUAAAUGUAUUUGGUUUUAACUUUAUCACAAAUAUGCCUUAAAUUUAUUCCAGGAGAAAGUAUAUUGCACAGAAGUGAAGCCAAAGCCAGGUAUAACUAGAACAUGAGUGGAUGGGUAGAAUUUAAACAAUUUAAAAAAAAUUAUUUUGAAAAAUAAAUAAAAUCACCUUACAACUUAUAGGCUCAGGCAAAAUAUAUUAUUGUACCAAUCACCCCAAAAUGUCUGCUAUUGCUUGCUUAGUACAACUUGAUGCAUGGUAGCCAGUCAAAAGUCUGUCAAGUUCUGUUAUAUUUUCCAAACAUAAAUCAAAAUCGGUCUUCAAUAUUAAAAUUAAAAAGGGUAUAACUUAAUCAAGCAAAGUUAAGUACCGUAUAUAAUUGACUGCAAGUAAAAUUAUUUAAUAAAUCUUAUUUAAAGGAUUAAAAUUGUCAAGUUAAAAUUUGUAGGUUCAAGCCUAUUAGUAUUAGUAUUAUUAACAUGAUCACGGCCAAGCCAAAUGUUUGAAAUAUUAUAUCUACCAUAGUAAGGAUUUCACCACGCCGAUUCAAAAGCAAUAAUUCCUAUACUGGUACAUAAUAGCAGGAAAAGGAUAAAUACAAAAUUUAUUUUUGGAACCUACCCUUUUUAUCAUGAGGGUAAUAUCAAGGAGACUGCAAUUUAAGCUGUGUGAAGGAAAUAUUAAGAAAAACGAUUAUAGAAGCUUACAAAUGUAAAAUAUCCAAAAUGUAAAGAUGUUUGUGCUGAACUAAAAUCCCUUCUUUUAAAAACUAAAAAAAAAAGAACUAGGAAAAUAUGGUUCAGCUUUUAAAGAAAAGGAGCUUAAGAUGUCGUGUCAUUGUUUUGUUUUAUAUUUCAACUGGAGCUUCAAGAAAUCUUUUUCUUUAUAUUCCCAUUUUUUCUCAAGAGCAAGCCAAUUUUAUUUGCUCUUGCAUGCAAAAAUUUUUUAGAGCUGAGUUUGAAAAUUCAUCUUUAUCUGCACAUCAAUUAUAUUGUACUAUUUAAAAUGUUUAUUAUAUUCACAACAUACAAGUUGCAAUAUUAAUGGUUAAAAAAAAUGCAGUGGUUCUCACCCUAAUGCCGCAACCUCUAGGCAGUUUCUCAAGUUGUGACUCCAAACCAUGAAAUUAUUUUUGUUGCUACAUCAUAAAUAUGUGUUUUCCGAUGGUGUUAGGCGACCCCAGUGUAAGGGUCAUUCAAUCCCCAAAGGGGUCACGACCCACAGGUAAAGAACCGCUGUUAAAGGAAAAUUUUGGGGAAGAUCAAAGAGUUAUGGCCCCUGGUAAAUAAUCUUUGAAAAUGCUUAACAAAUGCAUUUUGAGCUAUAACAACAUACAUAUCAGAUAUAUAACAAAAAUUAAUCAACAAAUUAGUGAUGAGGACACUUGAAACACUUUUUAAAAAAAAACAGUUUGCUGUUUAUUUGCACAGUAAUAGCAGAGGAAAUACCUCCAUACUGGUAUUGUACAUAAUCAGUUGUUAGAUACAUAAUAAUUAAUAAUAUAUUAUUAUGUAUCUUGAAAUAAAUAAUACCUUUCUAAACAAAAAUAUUUAAUAAUUUGUUUUCGGUUUUUACUUUGUUUCAAUUAUAAUAAUGAACUUAUUUUCUACCAGUUGUAGUUCCCGAGCCACGUCGUUUGUUACCAGACCCAUGGGGGUAUUUAAAAGAAUGUAAGUUCAUGUUCCGCUUUCAGUGAUACACUUCCAAGUAUAAGACUUCUACUUUUACUUUUUUUUUGGAAGUUCGUAGAGUCACAUUAGGAAAUAAUUGGGGCUUAAAUUUUUCAUUAAUAAAGCCCCUUUUAGCUCUAUCAAACCUUUUUAAUUUCUUUAAAAGCUGCCAUAGACUUUCUUUAUGGAAGUAGAAGAGUAAAAUCUGAUUGCAAUAUAUAUAUAUAUAUAUAUUUUUAAAUUUAUAUUAUGGGUUUUUACUAUGUUUAAACUUAAAAUAUUUGUAUUAUUAUGGAUUUUCAAAGUGGCUUCUGGGAUGACCAUAGGCUCUGUUCUGGUAAGUCAAAUGCAAAAAACUGUUUAUUCUGGUUUUCUACAAAAUGCUCAUAUGCUUUGUCCAGUUACAAUCAAAUUUAUAAUGCUUUGUUUUGUUUUCAUUAUGUCAUCUCAUAGGGCCAAAUAAGAAGGAAAUCAAAGAACCAGAACAAGUAGAAAAACACUACUACCCUAUCGUUGAAACCAAAUACCACGUUACUCGUGAAUCUAAGAAAGACUUGUUUUUUAAAUCCAGAAUUCCUUUAUGAUGUCAAACAUCACAUGUUGCUUUCUUGCAGCUUUUCUCUACAGCUGGCAUAGUAGGAGAGCUGGAACUGGUACAUCCAUGCUGCUGACCUCUGGUCAGUGUUGAAAGGAGAAGGACAUAAGACUGGAAUACAGAAAAGCUGUUUGUAGAGGGUUUGCAGGCCAAGUGCAACCUUGACAGUAACUGUCUGUAAAGUAGCAUGGAUGGUCAGUUCCUAUGAACGAAGUAAAUCACAAGACAUCUAUUUUGAAGAAUUAUGUCUUACUGAUACAUUUGAAUGCAUAGUGUUGAGAAGUACGUAUUUGACUGUCGUUAAUCAUUGCUAAGAAUCUACACUGAUGUACAAUUAUAUUAUUAUAUCUUAGUGAUUUACAUGAAAAUUAUACUUGUAGAUAAUCUAUCUAUUAGUAUAUUUUUCAUAUGAAUUAAUGCCGGUCCACUUUGACCUACUGUAACUGGUUAUUAGCUUUGUGCAAUUUGACUUUCUUAUUUUUGGUCAUUGCUGGCAGUGAACAGUUGUAGCCCUGUCUCUUCAGAAAUCACUGAGCUUUCUUGACUCAAGUUGUUGAAGCUGAACGUAAAGACCAAAAAACCCCAACCAAAUCUUAAGGGACAUGAAACUGUAUAAGCCAGGCCAAGAAACAAACAAUAAACCAAAAAA